GCCUCGUCGGCCUCAGGCACCGUCAUGGCGGAGCCAGGAGAGGCGGCGGCGGCGGCCUUUUCUUGCGACCAAUGGCCGCUGCAGCGCUAUGGCCGUUUCGUGGUCGUCGGGCCCGACGAGCCGAACCAGUCCGAAGAGGAGCGCGGAAGCCUGGAAGAGGCUGGGCCCGGCCGCAGUCCUUCCCUCGCCUGGAAGGUAUUUAAAUCGGAUGGUGAAUCCGGUUCCCUUACUCUCACCAUAGUUGUGUCUGGCCAUUUCUUCAUUUCCAGAGGAGAAACUUUACUGGAAGGGUUGUCACUUAUUCAUGGCAGGCAGUAUUUGAAGGUCAUGAGACGCAUGGAUUGUCUGUUGUUCGGCUCAACUGCAAAGAACAAGAGUCGUAUGUUCCGGGUGCAGUUCGGUGGAGAUUCAAAAGAACAAGCACUGGAGCACUGCCGCAGUUGUGUGCAAAAGCUGGCGCAGUAUGUGACCGUUGAGGAAUCUUCGGGACCAAGCCAGGAAUUUCUACCAGGUUUUAGCCAGCUGACUGGGAGUGAAAGUCAGCCUCACCAGAGCAUGGAAAAUCAUCAAGUUCCCUCCCAGGCAAGAUUUCCAGAGGGAAAGAUGUCUGUGACACAACUAGCAGAGUCUCUUUUGUCAUCCCCAUUGGAGCUACCACUCGCCUAUCAACAAUCCAGGUGGAGCACUGAGGAGUUAGGCCCCUUUCUUCGCUUGUGCCUUUUGGAUCAGAGUUUCCCAGCAUUUGUGGAAGAGGUGGAGCAGGAACUGAGGAAACUGACAGGGUUCAAAAAUUAGUUUGGUACAGUGUCUAGGCACUUGGGUGGGAAGGUUUUACAAAAGUCAUCUCAAGUUUGCAAAGUAAUAAAUAAAAGGAGUAUUCUACACA